UCAUGCAGAUGUGCUGUGGCCAGAUAGAUAUUCAGAACAACCUUCCAUAAGGAAAAAGUGCUAGAACAACCUAAAACCUCAAAACCCCAGCGGCGACGGAGGGAGGGAGGGAGGGAGCGAGGAGAGCUCCGAUGGCGCCGAAGCGGAAGCCGGCGGAGCCGCCGAGGGACGCCGAGGGGAUAUUCCGCGGCGUCUCCGCCUUCUUCGUGCCCCACGGCGUGCAGUCCCGCCGCCUCGAGGUGUGGAAGCAGAAGCUGGUGCAGAUGGGGGGCCGGCUCGAGAAGAAGGACGCCGACGCCAAGGGCGCCAGGAUCAACCACGUGCUCGCCGCCGACGCCAAGGCGCUGCUCCGGGAGCUCACCGCCGACUGGCUCCACCGUUUCCAGGGGAGUGUUGUGUCCUUCGAUUGGCUGGAGGAAUGCCUCAAGUCUGGCGAGAGGCUGCCCGAGCACAAGUUCACCAUCAACUACGAAGAGGAAUUUAAACCCAAAAAGGCAGCUGGUGCCGGAGGUACAGGCGCGUCCAAUCCCGCGAAGAGGAGCAAAAUGUCAUCCGAGGAUCCUGAGAAUCACAAAGGAACUGGUGGACAGGGUGUGAAGAAAGAGCUAGCUACCGGAGAGCAUCAAGACGCCAGUACACAUGUGCAUGAUGGUUCUGGUGUCCAAAAGGGGCCUGGCCAGCUUGCACAUAGCCAGACUAGCUCUGGGGAUACCAAGGACACCGUAGGGUCUCUUGAUAUUGAGGAAGCUUCUUCUGGGGAACCCACAACAUAUGCUCCACCAGACCUCAACAGGAACAUCACUGAGAUUUUCGGAAAACUUAUCAACAUAUAUAGAGCCAUGGGAGAUGACCGGAGAUCAUUUAGCUAUUACAAGGCCAUUCCCGUAAUUGAGAAACUGCCAUUCAAAAUAGAAAGUGGCGACCAAGUUAAAAACCUCCCCACCAUUGGGAAAUCUUUGAAAGACCAUAUGAUGCUGAACAGUUGUAGUAUGGGCCAAAUGGAAUUUGAACAUAGAAGUUCCAAGAAAAGAUUGAUUUUGCAUUCAUCAUUUGAUUCACAGAUUAAUGAAAUAGUGACAACAGGGAAGCUUUCCAAACUGGAACACUUUGAGAAUGAUGAAAAGGUACGGACUGUCAGCCUAUUCGGUGAAGUUUGGGGUGUUGGUCCUGCAACUGCUCUUAAGUUAUAUGAUAAAGGACACCGUACUCUUGAUGACCUUCGGAAAGAUGACUCACUUACAUAUGCUCAAAGGACUGGCUUAAAAUUCUUUGAUGAUAUCAGACAAAGAAUCCCUCGGCAUGAGGUCAGUGAGAUGGAGAAGCUUUUGCAAGAUGUUGGGAAGGAUAUCUUGCCUGGAGUGAUAAUUGUAUGCGGAGGAUCAUACAGACGUGGAAAAUCAUCUUGCGGCGACAUGGAUAUUGUAAUUACUCAUGAUGAUGGUAAAAGUCAUGUAGGUUUCCUGCCGAAGUUUGUUCAGAGGCUGAAGGACAUUAAUUUUUUAAGGGAGGAUCUUAUCUUCAGCAUAAACAGUAUUGAGGGAACUGACAGCGGGGUUGACACAUAUUUCGGUCUUUGCACAUAUCCUGGACGUGAGCUGCGGCAUCGCAUUGAUCUCAAGGUAUACCCAAGGAACAGGUAUGCAUCCGGGCUGCUAGCCUGGACUGGAAAUGAUGUUCUAAAUCGACGAUUGAGAAUACUAGCAGAAUCCAAGGGCUACGUGCUUGAUGACACUGGUUUGUAUCUUGCUACACAGAGCAGUGGUGGAAAGCGCGCGGGGAGAUCAGAAGCUAUAGUUAACUGCCACGAGGAGAAGGAUGUGUUCGACACACUCGGGUUCCCGUACUUGGAGCCUCAUGAACGAAAUCUAUAGCUCUGAAGAAGAAUGUAGCUUUCCCAGACCUGUGUAGUUUUGUUCUCCUUUGUACCACAGGCCCACUGGUAGCUGUUUCCAAACCUGUGUGCAGCAAACGUAGAUUUGCGGGAUCGUAUAUAUUUUGUUGUUCUGUGUUGUAUUGUAGAUCAGUAGCUGGAAUGUUCGUCGUGGCACAUGAAUCUAGGGACAAGUCUGUAACUAUUUUGUUAUACACAACCGCUUUGCCUUCACAAUGGACACUUGUGAUUUCUCUU